AUGACCACGCUCGACGACCUCUACGCAUUCUACUGCCGCAGAAGAGGAUGUAAACCAAACAGCUCCAUCUCCAAGUACCUGCAGGAGGAGUUCACACGACACGAUCAGCAUCGGGUACUGGAAACCGUGGACUUGUCGAAGAACUAUGUGGGUGCGAAGGGCAUCAUUCCCGUUCUCGACCUUGUCAAGAAUGUGAAGACCGUGAGGAGACUAGACGCCAGAAACAGCAUGAUGGGGCACGAACAGCUGGAGCACCUUGUUUACUGUCUUGCCCUGCAUCCGUCGAUGGAGGACGUGGAUGUGUCGGACAACGCGCUUGAAAACUCCAGUGUUGACCUCAUUUUGCAGCUUCUCAAGACCAAUGAAAACAUCACCACCUUUCGCGUUGACGGAAAUCAUUUCUCACCCGCCUCCGUGUCGGUGAUUGAGGAGUAUCUGGGGCGGAACAGGGGACGCAAAGCGGCGCGGCAGCGGGAGGUGCUUCCGGCAGUCACAAAAAGGUUUUUCCGUGCGCAGGUGCAGGGAUCGAUGGAGGGGGACACCUCCGGUGGCCAUGUACAUUACUCGACCUGGUGGAAGAACCAACAGUACAUUAUGCGAACCUCACGACAAACCCAAGUCCGCAUCGUCAUGGAUAUCGAUGCUCCCAAGACUUCACGACAGGCAGGGUUCUUUGUCUUUCACUCCGACGGAACACACAAAGUGAUUGAGGCGGAUGCGGAGCACAUUGCUGCAGAAAGCAACGUAGAUCACAGUCAUUGUUUUGUGACCAUGUGGGCUGAGGAACACGCUGCGUACUCUAUCAUGCCCUUUACAUUUUAUCCUGAACGAAGCAUAUCAUUCACGCUGAUUGCCGAGGUCUGCCAAGAGAGUUCAAGUAGGUCCGAGGCUUGGGUGACGUUGGAGCCUGUGGAUCCUGCGCUGGAUUGGCAUGUUUACGUCAUGGACGGCGAGUGGAGAUACGACUCCGCCGGUGGAUCUCCAGUACAGCAUUUAUGGUGCCGCAACCCCAUGAUACGUGUGCAAUAUGACGGCCCUAUUCAGGCCCACCGAAUGGCAUCACCUGCCACGCUGUUUGUACAGCUCAGCAAGAAUGUUGAUGCGGAUGUAAACGACGAGAGGCGUAUUGGAUUUGAUGUUGUUACUCUGGAUGCUACAGGAAACAACAAACCCCCCAUCUACUGUAGCGACGAGGUGCGGAGGUGUACGUGUCCUCACGCGCACCGCACAACAGUUGCGGCGUCAUUGGGGAUAACGUGUGCCGCCCUUGACCUGUUUAUCGUUCCGAGCACGGAGACACCUGGACAGUUGGGCCCCCACACGGUGUGCGUCUUUUCCUCUGUUCCCCUCCGACUGACCACAUCGGUGUUUCCCCACGGCUGGAACUAUCGUGCUGUCAGGGGGGCGUGGGACGAAAGCAGCUGCGGAGGGAGCCGGGAAAACAGCAUGUCAUGGAAGUGCAACCCCUCCGUUGCACUUCGCUUUGAUGCAGACAAACCCUCUACGGAACUGAUCCUCUUCCUGGAGGGAUCUUUGCCCGAAGCAAGGAGCCUCGUCUGCAGCGGAGGCGGCGUAGACGGCGUAGACGCCUGCGGCCAUCUCAUAGAUUCACCCGCAACGGAAGAGGAGAAGCAGCAGAGGCGGGAAAAGAGGGAAUUGCGAGAAUUCUUGCGUCGCCACAAGGUGGGUUACCUGGAAGGGUGUGUCUCCCUUGUCGAGGCCUGUCCACCGAUGUACCGCGCGCUUUACUCCUCCGAGUACUCCGGGGGGUCGGUGGUGCGCCUUGUCGUGCCUGCUGUCAGCGAGGACUUUUUUCUGCUGGCCACAACACGCCACGCAGGACAGCUGGGGAAUUUCACCCUUCACAUCUUCUCGUCACGAUCGUUCGUGGUGGACGAGGUGCGGACGUUGGCGUUACGGGAACGGGAGUACCAAUUGUUGCAGGACACCCAGGCACGUGAGACAGCCGUGUUGGGGCCAGUGAAGGGUCAAGCUGGUCCGGAAGAUCCCGGAGACACGGUUCUUGCACGCAAUGAGAUUCUUCGACGAUGUAUGGUGACGGGGGAAAAGUAUGUGGAUCGUGACUUUCCGCGUGGUGGAUCCUCGCUGUGGAUGGAUCCCGAGGCGAAGACACCAGCAUGGUGUGGGAAGGAGAUCUACUGGAAACGGCCGACGGAGCUGGUUGAACACGUCACUUUUCUUCAGAACUGGAAAUGUGACUGUCCCUUCCCCUUUUCGAGGCGAGAGUGGUUUGCCUCCGUCACACACGCGAUUGCGACAAAGCCGAGGUGGUUGCAGGCUCUGAGUGUCAGCUACGAUGUCGCGGAGGGGUUGGUUCAGUUCCGCUUCUUUAAGAGUGGCCAGUGGACAGUUGUGAGCAUCGAUGAUUACCUCCCAUGCGACAACGUAAUGGAACUAUGCAUGGGACGCCCAUCAAGAGACAAGGCGGAUUUUUUUUCCCCCUUUUGGAGAAGGCCUACGCGAAGCUCCAUCGCUGCUACGAGGCACUCGAACGAAAGGUUACUCCGGAACUGCGCACCAUCGACGUGA